GGAUUAAGCGCGCAGCUGAAAGACGAGAAGGAGUAACAACCCAAGGAUAUCGUUUAUUAGCAAAGGAUCUGCGGGUGCAGACACAUAACGCCAUGCGCCAUGUCAAAACUUCGGCAUUACAGGUCCAUGGAUCAGCCCAGCAGCAGCGGUUGCGUGGCCAUCCGCAAAAAGACUAUGACAGCAGUAUGUUUCGUGUGCAACCUGCCCAUCAUGUCGCACCAGGUGGGUCUGGUGUGGUCAGGUGGCAACGGCUGGGAUGACCUCGUCCGCGAACAGCUGGAGGAGUCAACGAUCCGUCAGAGAUUAGGCGGACGUCGCGAUUCCGCCGCUCAGAUCACUACACCACCGAGCACCUCACCGCCGCCAGGACUUCAACGGCGGAGGCGCAGCUCUUUGGCCCAGCUUACUGACAUUCUGCGCGAGUGGAGCGGAGGCACCAAGCAACAGACCCAGCAGCAGCAGCAGCAGGCUCAACAACAAGCACGCAACAAGGGCCAGUUAAAUCGCCGCGAAACACUCGCCGAUCUCGCCCGCAGCUUGCCCUGGCGGACAUCCACGACCGAUGCGAGCACUGGUGCUGGCGGUGCUGGUGCUGGCUGCAGUUCCAGUGGAGGCAAUAUCACAUACAUUGCCCCGCGCAAGCGUCGCGAAUCGAGCGCCGAUUCCGGCAUACGCAGCAUCAGAUCCCGGCGCGAAUCGAACACGGCCGAGUUCGUUAAACAUUGGAACAGGCGCGAGAGUACAGCAGUUGAGGAACUGCCUCCGAGCCACAUUUCCGUGAAUGUCGUUGUCGUCGAAGCUACCAAGAGCGCCUCGCGCCGCGGAUCCGGGGAGAGCUACUUGUCGAGCAGCCGGCGGGACAGCAAUGUCGCCGGCCGCGUGACAACGCCGCCACCGCCACCCAAGAACCAGGUGGCCAAGAAGCGGGACUCGCUUGCCGCCCCGGAGUUCCCCAACUUCCGGCAGGAGCAGCGUCCCUCCACCAGUUCCGCCGGUUCCUGUCACUCCGACUCCGUCUCCGUGCCACUAAUCCAGUACCAUCAGCAGGUCGACUCCGCAUGCCAGGCCCUGCCGCCGCCAACCAUCAUAACCAGCUCGGUGACGCCGCCGGCCACCAGCCCAACGGCUCCAAAAGGUCGGCGCGACUCCACCACGCAAUGCGGCCGCGUCAAUCGGCGCGACUCAAAGGCCGGCCACAGUCCGGAGCGGGCACCGCGCAUGAACCGUCUCCAGCGUCAGGCCACUGCCUUUGACGAGAGCGUCCUUCCCGGUGGCAGCCGACGCGGUUCCCAGCCGGCCCUCAGCCCGGAUCCGCCCGAGGAUUGUGAACGCCGUGCUUCACGCCGUGACUCCCUCUCGCCGGACAGCGCCUCGCGCGGAGGACGUCGUGACUCGCGCACCCAUCUCUCGCCAGAUCGCACACACGAGCGCGACGGCAGCCCCCGGCGGCAAACACUGCGCCGCCAGAGCAGUUCGGCGGCCCGCCACUCGCCCGACUCCAACAGCUGCGGCUCGUCGAGGGAUCCCAGUCCCUGCUCACGGCCACCGCCUCUGCCGACUGUUGAACAAAACCAGAGACCUGCCAUUAGGCGCCAGUCCACCACAGAGGAGAUCCUAAUAGCGCGCGGCUUCCGGCGCCAAUCCACCACGGAGGAGAUGAUUCGUUGCCGCAACUUCCGGCGCCAGAGCUCCCAGAGCGACGACGUCUGUCGCUACCGCGGACGUCGCGAUUCAUCAGCCCAGAUUAUUGACGGCACCAUCGGCACCAUGACCGUGGAGACCACUAGCACUUUCUUCGACUCCAGUACUCAGACAGAACCAUCGCCGCUAUACGACAACAACCACUACCAUGAGGAGUGUCUGCGGUGCAACUCGUGCGGCUUGAAUUUGACGGGACCCAAUCAGAAGCGCGCCAGGAGGUUCAAGAACCAGAUCCUGUGCGACCUGCAUUUCGCAGACGUGGCCCUAAUGGAGUGCUCCGAUUUUAUGCAGCAACUGCGGAGCUUCAAGCCCCAAUCGCUGGGCUGUGCAGUGGCGCGACGCAAGAGCUCCACGACGUUAAUAUUUCCAUUGCCGCCGCAAGCAUGUUCAGAUGAGUUCUGCGAGGAGUAUCCACAUAACCUAAUGCCCACGCCCGGCUACUGGAUCGAAUGCUCGCGCCAGAAGAUCAGCAUGCCCACUCCGCACACCAUUUGGGAUGAGAGCGACUCCGAGCACGAGGACAUACGGGCGGGCAGUGCCAGCGAUGCGUACUUGGAGCGUGAGUGCAGCGAUCUGUACGAGGACGACGAGGACUCUGAGGCCACACCUAGUCCUCGCAAGAAAACUACCAUUGAGGAGCAGUGGGAUCAGCAGGGUGCCUUCGAACUCAUCUCCGUGGAACAGGAGACGUAUGAGAAAUAUUUCUAUGGCACAGAGCACUGGAAUUAUUUCACCAGCGACGAGGAUCUUGGCCCGGUCAUACUCUCCAUCAAACAGGAGACGCUCAACGGACGCGACCAGUUUCGCAUUCUGGUGCGCGCUGGCUCCUACACGGUGCACGGAUUGAUCCCAGCUUCCUGCGUAUUUGCUGAUCGAUAUAAUCGCGAGGAGGUUGUUCGAUCUUUAGGAAAAGAAGUUAAUUUGAAUCCCCCUCUAACACUAGGACAACUACCAGACACUCCAGAGGAGUUAUUGAAGUUAGAUCAGGUUUUUAUAAAAUCCGAACUUAAAGUUGGCGUCAUAUUUGUCAAAGAGGAUCAAUACACCGAAGAGCAAAUUCUGGACAAUAAUGAAAACUCACCGCUCUUCGAUGAGUUCCUCACACUUCUCGGCGAUCGGGUGCGGCUCCGUGGGUUCGAUAAAUACAAGGGUGGCCUUGACACGGUACAUGAUCUAACUGGCCUCUUCUCUGUUUAUACCAACUGGCGUAAUAUUGAGAUCAUGUUCCACGUUUCCACGCUUCUGCCGUACGAGAAGCACGAUCCUCAAAAGUUGCAGCGGAAACGCCACAUCGGCAAUGAUAUUGUCUGCGUGGUGUUUCUCGAGGCGGACAAUACCCGCUUUAGUCCGGCCUGUAUUAAGAGUCACUUUCUGCACACAUUUAUAUUGGUGCGCGUCUCCGCUCGCAUCAAACACAAGCCGACGCGCUAUGAGGUCUCCGUGGUGACGCGCGACGAGGUUGGCGCCUACAAGCCGUACCUCUGGGAGCAGUCCGUCUUCGAGAAGGGGCCUAUGUUCCGGGAGUGGCUGCUAACGAAGAUCGUGAACGGAGAGCGGGCCUCGUACUCGGCCCCCAAAUUCGCAAGGAUGCAGGAGCGCACACGGUCGCAGAUGCUCGAGGAUCUGGUGAUGAAUCUGUCCAAUCACGCGGAGACAGGCCAGAUACCCAAGCCGUAUCGACGCGGCUCUUGGCGACCGAUUGGUGAGGAUGAGUAUUUCAAAAUGUUGCAUGCUCGCGUAUUAGACAACAAUACACAUAAUGUACAACAAAAACAACAACUGCAACAAUUUCAACAACAACCCCACAACAAUUGUUGCUAUUGCAAGGCCGAGGAAUCGGGCGCCUCAAAGGGCUGGGGGCAGACAAUGGCACACACUGCCGCACACAGACACACAAAUAACAACUACAACAAUAAUGCCGAGACGCAACAACAACUACUACACCAACAACAGCCACACCAACAAUUGCAACAACAACUAAAUCAUCAACAGCAUCUGCAACACUCAACGUCGUCACUCACACACACAUCGUGUUGCGCCAUGUUGCACUUCUGUGUGAGGCAUAGUCACAUGCGACCCUCGUCGCCACUGCUGGACUCGGUCCGGGAUCAGUUUGAGGACUACGAUCAGCUGGCAAAGGACUUCACCCGCGUGUUCCUCAACGAGGAGCCAUCAUGCUUGAGCAACUCUCACCUCUUCGACGUGGUUUUCCUGGUGGGUCAAUCCAAGCAGAAGGCACGCUUCAUUGGAGUCCGGGCCAUUCUGGGCGUACGCAGCCGCGUCUUUCAGGAGAUGCUAUAUGGCAUCCAGACAGGCUUCGGAUCGCCGCAGAUACCCGUCGCGGAGAUUUUCGCCCGCCCUGCACCGUCGUUGGUGUCGCCACAGAAUCAGAAGCCGAAGAGUAACAACUAUCUAACGGUGCCGGACUCGGACUCCAUACGUCCCAAGAGCGUGCCCUCGUCACCGAUGGUGAAGCGGGCGUUCUCUCGCCUGGGGACCAUCACGGCUGGAUGGGGUCGUUCGAUUCGGAAUAAGAACUCGAACCAGUUGAAUCCGGAUGACAAGAAGAAGUGGAUCUCGUCGACAGAUUGUUCGAAUAGGGACAGCAAGGACAAGGACAAGGACAAGCCGGGCAACAACCAGCUGGCGGUACCGCGGCUCUCGGUCUGUGCCGACGCUCAGAAGGUGGACCGGGCCAAGCUUGCACAGACGGAGUUCAACAUCAUCGAAUUUGAUCCGGACACAUUUCGUGUCCUCCUCGACUAUCUGCACACGGGCACUUGUCCUCUAACCUGUGUUUCAAUACCUGGGCUGCUGUGUGCCGCAGAGCACUACGAUCUGCCGGAGCUUCUUCAGGCGUGCUUCCACCACUGCAAGCAGUUCCUACGCAUCGAGGUGGUUUGCCCGAUGCUCAUCUCGCUGGAGAACUACUACUGGCGCUACACGUCCGCCUCCGAGCUGGUCAACAUGAUCCUGUCAUUUGUGGAGAGCAAGGCGCACGCCCUAUUUAAGUGCCCAGAGUUUCUCCAUCUGUCCGAGUCGAUGGUGCAGAUGAUCAUGUGCCGGGAGCUUCAGACCCCGGAGAUCCGUAAAUUUGAGGCGAUGCUCGCCUGGGCCCAGCACAAGGUGGCCAAGCUGAAAAACCACCCCAAUAAGGACACCCAGUUCGAGUUCGAGUGUAUCAUGGAGAGGCUGACCCGCGACCUCAACCUCUGCCGCAUAUCGCCCAGCGAGCUGCUCACCGUUGUCCUACCCUCCAAGUCAAUGAAGAACGAACGCAUCAUGGAGACGCUCAUGGUGCAGGUGAACCUUGGCACCUACCGCAUGCCCGAGCUAGAUGCCUACCGUCAGCAGUUACGCCAGCAGGAGUCCGCCGAGGCCACCGUGCAAGUCCACCGGGUCUACCCGCCAAACGAUGUCCGAGCUUAUGCAAUGGCCUCCCUGGCCGCCGCCCUCGAUAUGCAGCAACAGCAGACCCAGCAGCGUGACGCCACCGACGAGGAGGUGGAACUCUAUGCAAGCUUCGACAUGGGGCCGAGCACUAGCCGGGUGGCGGCCCAGAUGCAGGCGGCCAAGGAGGCUCGUCGAAAGCGGUGGGCGACCGAUGGGGCCAGCGGGAGCAGCGGCGAUGGUGGCUGUGCCAGUGGCAGCAGCGGAAGUGGUCGGCGCUAAUGAAUAUCGAAGCGAGUGCGUGUGGAUAUGUGUGUGCCUCUGUCUAUGCCUGUUUCUGCAUCUGUGU